AUGAGCACCAUUCUGCAAUUAUAUCAACCCGUCAUUAUAGAGCUCCAGAAUUUAGAUCUUGGAUGGUGGCAGCCAUGUGACACGUGGUCUUUGGGCUGCAUAUUGUACGAGCUUCAUCGUGGAGCUACUCUCUUUCGUACACAUAGUAAUAGAGAGCAUCUGGCGAUGAUGGAACGCGUUUGUGGACAUAUCCCCCUGCGAAUGAUCCGUAAAACAAGGUGGUCCUUUAAGUGA